GUACGUAAGACAAAACAUUCCUGGACGAGGAUGUCAAAUGGAAGACUUUGAGACUCAAUUUAGAGGCUGCACAUGUGAGCAAGUCAUCUGCAAACCAAGCAGUUGUUCUUGUAUACAGAUAUCUGGCGGCGCUGCAUACACAGAAGACCAAAGAAUUCAACAGCAAUAUUUUCCUUCCACAGUAACAUCAUCUGAAUCAGAACUCUCUUCACCAAUUUAUGAAUGUCACCAAGAUUGUUCUUGCAGUUCCAACUGCUCCAACCAAUUAGUUCAGCAUGGCAUUCGCUUCAAAACAGAAGUAUUUUCAGCCUCACCUGACAAAGGGUUCGGCUUGCGUACUUUAGAAUUUAUUCCCAGAGGUUCCUUCGUUAGUGAGUACGCCGGCGAAGUCAUUAGUGAUAACGAAGCCAAACAGCGUACGAGUUUGAUUGAACAGCAAACUCAAAUGAACUACAUUCUUGUCUUGAAAGAACAUUACGGAGAUAAACUUGUACAAACUUGUGUCGAUCCAACUUAUUUCGGUAAUAUCAGCAGAUUUAUGAACCAUUCUUGUGAACCAAACUUAUGGAUGACGGCAGUGAGGGUUUCAAAUGCCGUACCAAAGUUAAGCCUCUUUGCACUCCGGGAUGUAAAUUCUGGGGAAGAACUCUCGUUUCAUUAUGGCGGUCAUGGAACAAACUCCAUAAAACAAAAACAAAAUACAGAUGCUGAAAACAAAAGCAGCAGCAGUAGUAGUAGUAGUAGUAAAUUGAAACCCUGCAAAUGUGGUGCUGUAACUUGUUGUGGUUACUUACCAUUUGACGAAACCCUUUUUCACUGAAGUCAGCCCCUUUUUUUUUGUUUCUUUUCUGCAAUA